AUGAGCUCCGGUUUUGCGAAUCGAAGAAAGCCCCGCAAGAUCGCGGGGACUGACGAGGACAACGAGGAUGAAGACACCGGCCCGGUUGUCAAAAGACCUAUCACCAAGGCGAAGCAAAAGUCCAAAACGCGCCUUUCUUUUGGGAUCGGUGAGACUUCCAUGACAGAGGGAGGGGAUGACGAAAGCGAGGUGGUGGUGCCCAAAAAGCAUGGUCUCGGACGGCGAGUGCUUGAAAAGAAUGCGUUCCAAAAGUCAAUUACACCGUCAGGAUCGAGCAAUCAGCUUCCGCUUAGAGUCGGACCCCAACAGGAUCGACCGAGCUAUAGCGCGGACUACUUGAACGAGCUCCGGAAUUCGACACCUUCAACUCCCAAACCCGGCACCGACGAUGGAAACAAGGGCGAGGUGGAUGUAGCGGCGAAGUUUGGAGAGCUUAUGACGGUUACAGCUCCAUCGUUAAUUCCCACCGAGGCCGAGAUUAGAGAGAAGAAAGCUCGGCGGGCGAGAUUAGCAAAGGAGCAAGAGAGUAAUAGCCUGACAGAGCAAGACUAUAUCUCUUUGGAGGACAAUGCGAAUGAGGAUUGGGAAGUGGUCGAUAAGGAAGAUCUAAAGGACACAAGACUAGUGCGAGACGAUGAAGACUUUGCCGAGGGUUUCGACGAGUAUGUGGAGGAUGGACGAAUCUCUCUAGGAAGGAAGGCCGAACGCGAGCAGAAAAAGAAACAACGAGAAACGAUGCGAGAACUCAUUGAAGAAGCCGAGGCGCUUUCGGACGAGGAAGACUCUGAUCUGGAGGAAAAGGCAGCAUACGAAGCUAGCCAGACCAGAGCUGCGAUAGGUCAUGGCGGCAAAGACCCCCUGGACCGGCCAAAGACGCCUCCAAAGAUGACGUCGCUCCCACGUCUCUCGACAUGUCUCGACCGACUACGGACGACCCUCGCUGUUAUGGAGAAAAAUAGAUCACACAUGAUCAACCGAAUGGAGGAACUAAGAAAGGAAAAGGCCGAUAUAUCAGUCAGAGAGGUCGAAAUCCAGGCGCUGAUAAAAGAAACCGGAGAUCACUAUGAGAAGCUCAAACAAGAGGCUGGCGUUACACCCGGCUCAGACGUUGAUACCCCAGCGACCACAGAUUUUGAAAGUUCGCGAGGGCUGGAGAACAUUGGGGCGUCCAUGACGGUAUCCAGAGCAAACUCGGAAAGCGAGACUUGA